ACACGGAAGCUGUGACGUUGCACUGCUGAAUGUAUGAACUGAAACUCACAUACUGGCAAUACUGAGCUUUUGCUGGACUUUACAAAUCUGAUACUGACCCAAGCGGUUAACAAGUCUUACGAUGGCCGAUUCAAAAGUGGACACUGCUACACUGUGUUUGUUUGAUGUGGACGGGACUUUAACAGCAGCUCGUCAGAAGGCUACUCCUGACAUACUGGAGUUCUUGAAUAAACUGAAACAGCGUGUGAGGGUCGGGGUGGUGGGUGGUUCAGAUUUGGACAAAAUUAAAGAGCAGUUGGGUGAUAAUGUUAUUGAAAGAUUGGAUUAUGUGUUUGCUGAGAACGGUUUGGUAGCGUACACAUUUGGGCAGCUACACUCUGUGCAGAAUAUUCAAGCAUACCUAGGAGAGGAAAUCUUACAAGAUUUUAUUAAUUUCUGUCUAAAUUAUCUUUCAAAGAUAAAACUGCCUAAGAAAAGGGGCACAUUUAUUGAAUUUCGCAACGGAAUGUUAAAUAUUUCUCCAAUUGGUCGAAGCUGUAGCCAACAGGAAAGAAUCGAAUUCUUUGAACUUGAUAAGAAGGAGAAGAUCAGAGAAAAGUUUGUCUCCGUUUUAAAAGAAGAGUUUGCUGGGAAAGGACUAGCUUUCUCCAUUGGUGGGCAGAUCAGCUUUGACGUGUUUCCAGAGGGUUGGGAUAAGCGAUACUGUCUGGGAAUUGUGGAGAAGGACUCAUACCAGGUCAUUCAUUUCUUUGGAGACAAAACCAUGCCUGGAGGAAAUGAUUAUGAAAUAUUCACAGAUCCUCGAACAAUUGGACACGUUGUCACAUCACCCGAGGACACACAAAGGAUCUGCAAGGAGCUUUUCUUUAGUUGAGAACCUG